AUGAGAAGAAAAGAUUUAACAACAAAGGAGAGGUCUUCUAUGCUUCAAUUCCUUCUUCUUGAAAGCAAAAAUGGGAAGCCACCAAGAGGGAAGAUGAAAGCUAUGGAUGAGAAGUUACACGUCUGCCGGCGGACUGUUUCGCGCAUUUGGGCUGAGGCAAAACAACAACAAAAUCAAGGGCAUGCCAUAAACUCAUCAAGUAAGAAGAUAGCAAGACCAAGGAGAAAAAGAGUUGAAAUAGACCUAGAGCUAAUUGCAAGUUUAGAUUUAACAAAGAGGUCCACCAUAAGGAGACUAGCUAGUGACAUAAAUUGUAGCAAGAGCACCAUAGGUCGGUGGAUAGAUCAAGGUCUGAUCAAAGCUCACACGAGUGCACUAAGACCUGACCUUACAGCCCAAAAUAAGCUGUUAAGGUUGAGGUUUUGCUUAGAUGCAAUAGAGAUUGGCAGGCUGUCACAUAACUUGAGGUUCAAGAGCAUGCAUGCAAAACAUUUGUGCCGGCCACUGUUUGCUGAAGAUGGGAGCAUUUUAUUUGAUGGGAAGAUAGGCAUAUUCCCAUUUACAGAGAUGGUGGCAGCAAAAAGAUCAAGUAAGAACUGGGUGGCUGGAACUCUAGAGCAAAAGCCCAUAGAAAGUGUCAGCAAACCAGUUAUGAGAGACUAUUUCAUCAACAAGAUUGUGCCUGCCAUCAUAGCCAAGUGGCCCUCUUUUGCAAGCAAAGAUGUGUUUAUUCAACAAGAUAAUGCAAGACCACAUAUUUGCAAUGAUGACUUGGAGUUUAGAGAGGCUGCCACACGUGAUGGUUUCAAUAUCAACAUUGUGAAUCAACCUCCAAACUCACCCGACACCAAUAUCAAUGACCUUGGAUUUUUUAGGGCCAUUCAAAGCCUACAAACUGAAAUUGCAUGCAGUGAUGUUGAUGAUUUAGUAAAUGCAGUGCAUAAAGCUUAUGAAGACCUAGAUCCAAUGUCUUUAAAUUGUGUUUUCUUAAGCUUACAAGGUUGCAUGUUGGAGACCAUGAAGGUGAAAGGCAAUAACUGUUACAAGCUGCCACAUAUGAAGAAAGGUUCAUUGAUGAGACAAGAUUUACUUCCAAUAAGUUUGGAAGUCCCCCAUGAACUUGUCACAUAA